AUGCUGGUUGCAGCUGUGCUGCUGCAUGUGGCCACCAUGCUGAAGAUCAGCGCCUUCAACAUCAAGGCAUUUGGGGAUGCAAAGAUGUCCAACCAGACCAUCGCAGAUAUCAUUGUCUCUAUCCUGUCAGAAUUUGACAUCGCCCUGGUGCAGGAAGUCCGGGAUGCCGACCUGAGUGCUGUGAAAAAGCUCAUGAACCAACUCAACAGAAAGUCCUCACACCCAUAUGAAUAUUUGGUCAGCAUCCCCCUGGGUCGGACCAGCUACAAAGAGCAGUACCUCUUCAUCUACAGGUCGGACAUGGUUUCUGUGCUGGGAAGCUACUACUAUGAUGAUGGCUGCGAGCCCUGUGGGAACGAUACCUUCAGCAGGGAGCCCUUCAUUGUGAAGUUCUUCUCGCCCACCACGAAGGUGGAGGAGUUCGUGCUGGUGCCCCUGCAUUCCGAGCCCAGCCACGCUGCAGAAGAGAUCGAUGCGCUCUAUGAUGUCUACACCGACGUUGUCAACAAAUGGGCGACUAAGAACAUCAUGUUCCUGGGGGACUUCAAUGCCGACUGCUCCUACGUCCAGCCAAGCGACUGGUCAGCCAUCCGCCUGCGCACCAGCAACAUCUUCAAAUGGCUGAUCCCCGACGGCACCGACACCACUGUGGGGAAGUCAGACUGUGCCUACGACAGAAUCGUGGUGUGUGGCGCCAAGCUGAAGAGAAGCAUCGUGCCAAAUUCAGCUGCUGUCUACAACUUCCAACGCACUUUCCAGCUCGAGCAGGAGGAGGCCCUGGCAGUCAGCGACCACUACCCGGUGGAGGUGGAGCUGAUGGCUUGA